CGGAUUCCGAGAAAAAGAAAAGAAAGGAGAAAAAGCACAUCAAAUGCAAAUUCUCUACUGACAAAUCUUUUAUUACAACUGGAUCCCACCUCCUCUUCUUCGUCCCCUUCCUUCUUGUAAAAUCUAAUCUUUGCCAAUAAUCAAAUCAAUCCAUUCCUUGCUGCUGCUGCUGCUGCUGCUGAUAAAUAACCAGUUUUGGUUUUCCCUCCACGUCCAUUCCCUCUCUUCUUUUCACGCAAAAAAUGCACAAUUUCUCUCUCCUCCCUAGCCUCCUUUAAUGAAUUUACACACACUCUCAUACUCAUACAUACACCCUUCUCUCUCUCUACAAUCACUUUUGUUCGACCUCGAGAACAUCUCAUGUCCCUCGUCCCUUUUUAUAAAAACAUCCUCAUGUUUAUCGAGCUUUCGACAAUGGGUUUGAGCUUUAGUUUGCUCUGUUGUUGUUUUCUCGUUUUUCUUAGUUGAUUGAAUCUGUGAACCAAAAAUUCUUGUAGCAAAAAAUCAUUGUUCUGCAUUUUGAUUGAACUUUACAGUCUGCGCCUGUGUUGAUUUUGUUUUCUCGAUUUCGAUUUUGAUCAAGGCAGCAAUAACUCUUCAUUUAUCGAAUUUCUUGAUUUUCAACGAGAAUAAAGAGAAGAAUCUGUGGAUGAGAGUUGAAGCAUUUGUUUAGGUAAUUUGAAUUCUAGGGUUUGGGUGAAAUGGGGCUGGGUCCUGAGGCCAUCAAUGGCGGUUCGAUUGACAAUUGCAGUUCAAAAUCAAGGGUGAGAAGAAGAAUCCUGAAUGAUGACGACGACGAUGAUGUAGAAGAUGAGAGUAGGUGUUGGAUUAGGUUCAGAUUUUUUGGUGGUUGCUUGUCCACAAGGGCAAAAGUCGAUAGCUCUGUUAGUGGUUGCAGCUCACAAUCUGGUUCUGGCAAUCUGUUUAUAUCACCAACAGCUGAAAGUAAAUCUACAACUGAAACUAGCCGGGAUCAUCCAAUUGCUCUGGCGACAUCAUCUUCAGCGUCAAAGAAUUCAGACAGCAUUCCGGCAACACUUGAAAUAGGCGAGGAAUUGAAAAUAGCUUCCCAGCUACGAAAGUUCACGUACAACGAGCUGAAAAUGGCGACGAGGAAUUUUAAGCCGGAUAACCUACUCGGAGAGGGCGGGUUCGGCUGUGUUUUCAAAGGUUGGGUCAACGAGCGCGGUAGCACUCCGGUGAAAGCCGGGAUGGGAAUUCCCGUUGCCGUCAAAACUCUCAAUCACAACAGUCUUCAGGGACACAAAGAGUGGCUCGCUGAAGUGAAUUAUCUCGGUGCUCUCAUCCAUCCCCAUCUCGUUAAACUGAUCGGCUAUUGCAUCGAGGAUGAUCAGCGUCUGCUCGUCUACGAAUUCAUGCCUCGCGGCAGCUUGGAGAAUCACUUGUUCAAGAGAUCUCUGCCUCUUCCGUGGUCGAUAAGAAUGAAAAUUGCGAUGAGCGCGGCAAAGGGGCUCGCGUUUCUCCAUGAAGAAGCAGAACGGCCGGUUAUAUACCGAGAUUUUAAAUCAUCAAACAUCCUAUUAGAUGUGAAUUACAACGCGAAACUAUCUGAUUUUGGGCUCGCCAAGGAUGGCCCCCAGGGAGACAAGACACACGUGUCGACGCGCGUUAUGGGGACAUACGGAUAUGCCGCGCCGGAAUAUGUAAUGACAGGGCAUUUGACGGCGAAGAGCGACGUCUACAGUUUCGGAGUCGUUCUGCUCGAGCUGCUAACGGGACGAAGAUCGAUGGACAAGACCCGGCCUAUCAGCGAGCAGAACUUGGUCGAAUGGGCGAGACCGUAUGUGAGCGAGAGGCGACGGUUCUACAGACUGAUUGAUCCCCGACUUGAGGGACACUUUUCAAUUAAAGGCGCGCAACAGGCUGUUCAUCUGGCGGCUCGUUGCCUCGCCCGCGAUGCCAAAAUCCGGCCGGCCAUGAGCGAAGUCGUCGCCGCGCUAGAGCCGCUGUCGAAGCUCAAGGACAUGGCGUCGUCUUCCUCGUACUUCCAGGCCAUGAAUGCUGCCCGUGCCCGAAAUGGCGGCAGAUUGCAGCAUGGCCGGAGCCCGUCCAUGCCGAACCGAUAUCAGGGCUCGCCGUAUCACAAUAUUCAGCCGUUUUGGUCGCCGGCGCCGAGCAAACCAUAGCCGAACUGAAAGGUUGUUUGUUUGUCUAUCUCAGUUCCUCUUCUUCCAUAUUCUUGUUUGAAUAAUUUUUGUCCUGUGUAACUUUUGGUUACAUUGAGUUGAAUUUGUACAACGUUGACGAUUCUCGACUUCUAA